UUGCGAUAUUCAACUUUGACAGUUUCCCGCUUCUGAGGCAUGAAGUCACGGUGGCCGAGAGGUUAAGGCGUUGGACUCGAAAUCCAAUGGGGUUUCCCCGCACAGGUUCGAAUCCUGUUCGUGACGAAAUUUAUUCUUUUCAAUCUAAAGACCGUAUAUUUCUUAACAUUUAUUUUAAGCGUUACAAUAUCGCCAUUUCAGGCAUUUACUCGCGUACGUUAUAUACUUCAGCAAGAUGCGAACAAGCAUAACCGUUCCAUUGUUAAAUUUGUGAGAAAGAUCCGUUCACAAAUCAGCGAAUCUGAAUCAAUUUAUAAGGCCUUAAGUGAACAGUAGUGAACACAAGCAAUCUCUGGGUCGCCUGUCAGUUCGUCAGUUUGCGUUGUCUUCAUAACUUUUUUAAAUGGCAAACGCAUCCAACGAAAACACGUGUCUGAUUAAAGAUGUCAAACAUGGAUUAAAAAAUAUCAAUUUAGUUUUCAUCGUUCUGGAAAUUGGUCGAGUAUCAAAGACGAAGGUUGGACACGAAAUCCGUUCAUUUAAAGUGGCUGACUGGACCGGAAGUAUUACAUUUUCAGUGUGGGACCAAGUUGGCGGCCUCAUACAAACAGGAGACAUAAUCCGACUUAACAGAGGAUAUACAACUCUCUUCAAAGGCUGUCUUACUCUGUAUAUUGGGAGAACAGGGGAUGUCCAAAAGAUUGGAGAGUUUUGUAUGAUCUUCUCAGAGGUUCCCAAUUUCAGUGAACAACCAGAGGUGCUGGCUAAAAUGAACCUAAUAAACAACACUCAUGUCAAAUCAGAAGCUCAGGGCAGCUCACCUAACAUUCAGAAUUAUGGAACAUCUACUGGACCUACAGCAAACAGCUCCCCUUUGUUUUCCUUCCCCGUUGCUUCACAUGAGAACUCCUAUCGUGAAGGUGGACGACGUUUGAACCGUAUGAAUUGGAAUGGUGGCCCUAAACCCACCGGCGCCGUCACUUAUGGACGGGAUCCUCGGCGGGUGCUGAGAAGAUGAGGGCAUGAUAGGUCUCACUUAACUUUAAAUGCAUGAACAUAGAUUCAGUAUUUGAUAUGGUGCUGAUUUGUUUUCAGUACUUUUUGUUAUUUAUAAAGUGAUUUUUUUUGAGAGUUUGUGUUAUUUGUUUUCAUUUUUUAUGAUAAGAUGGGUUUUUUCUGAUCUAAAGAAGAGGUGUUGAACAAAGAACAAAAACACAGGAUAUAAAAUAAAGUUGUGAAAAAUU